AUGGCUGAACUGGAUAGGUUUGAGGUGAAUGUUAUGGAUGUUAUCCGGUCUAAACAAAAGAAACUGAAACGUAUAACUCCUUUGGGAUUGAUUCUCAUGAAAGCAGAUGUCUUUGAAGGUCCACCAGGACCAACUGGAGUAAGCGGAGUUACUGGAGUGACAGGCAUGACCGGAGCUACUGGAGCAACAGGCGCGACCGGAGCUACUGGAGCGACAGGCGCAACCGGACCAACAGGACCAACAGGCCCAACAGGCCCAACAGGACCAACAGGCCCAACAGGACCAACAGGACCAACGGGACCAACGGGACCAACAGGACCAACAGGAUCAACAGGACCAACGGGUGCAACGGGCCCGGCAGGAGCAACAGGUGCAACGGGCCCGGCAGGAGCAACAGGAGCCACCGGUCAACCCGGAGGUGGCUAG